AUGGCAAAGUAUGUGUUCGUCACUUGCAGCGCAUGGUGCACCGGACUGAUCUCUUACUCCCCGGUGCUAGAUAAGAAAGUGGCAGGUCAAUAUGUUGACCAGACAGAGCCGUUUGAGAUACCGGGCUGUAAACCGUUCCGGCCGGAGGAUGUUAUGGAUCCCAUGCUGGAUCGGGACGAUGAAGCCUAUCGGGCUUACGUAAACCUAGCAGUUGGUGUAACGUUAGCAGAUGGUUUCUUAAUCAACACAUGGGAAAAUCUGGAACCACAAUCUCUUCACGCUCUCAGAAAUAUCGAGAUUUUACGUUCCAUCCUAAAAAACAAACCGGUUUACACGGUUGGUCCGAUAACCAAAAAAUACGAACAGGUCGGCUUGAAGAGUGAGGUGAUUGAAUGGGUUGAUAAACAGCCGGAAAGGUCAGUCAUAUACGUAUCUUUUGGAAGCGGCGGAACCUUAUCAGCCGAGCAAAUUACGGAGCUGGCUUGGGGAUUGGAGCUGAGCCAACAAAGAUUUGUUUGGGUGGUCCGGCCACCUGCUGGACAUAUCAGAGACGGGACUUUUUUGGAAUCUGGUUAUUCCGGUGAACCAAAUGGUGAACCUGGUUAUCUUCCAGAAGGGUUCUUGAGUGGAACCAGGGAAAUAGGUUUUGUUGUGCAUUCAUGGGCACCACAGGUGGAGAUUUUGAACCACGCGUCGGUUGGGGUUUUUUUGACACACUGUGGAUGGAACUCAAUGUUAGAGAGCAUCAGCAGUGGGGUAGCCAUGAUAGCAUGGGCGUUGUAUGCUGAACAGAGGAUGAAUGCAACGAUGCUAACGGAGGAGCUGAAGGUGGCAGUGAGACCGGAGGUGUUGCCGAUGAAGAAAGUGGUGGGGAGGGAGGAGGUAGAGAGGAUGGUGAGGGGUUUGAUGGAGGGAGAAGAAGGAAAAGCAAUGACAGAAAAAGUAAAGAGAUUAAAGGAAGGUGGGGAGGAAGCAUUGAGCGUAAAUGGUUCGUCUUAUAUUUCAACAUGUAGAUUUGUCGAGGAUUGCUGGUCUCGAAUUCAGCUGCCAAUCUGA